CCUCUUCAGGCUCCCUUCAACCAAACAUAUUUUGGUUUGGCGGAAAACCAUCAUAUUCAUAUCGCAGCCACAGACUUCCAUCAUGAAGAGAAGCAAAUUAUUCAGACAGAGUCUCCCCGAGACACCACCUUAUACGCCGACGAGCUCACACAUUAUCCAUUCACCUGCCGGAAAAAUUUCAUCUUUCUUUCCUUCCAAGAAGAAGCCCUCAAGCAUCACUCUCCCGACUAAGCAAGAGCCGAAUUGGGUUCCCUUAAACCUAGGCAGAACUGAGCUCUACCUUCCGUUGACCUUCCCCACGGGUCAGACCUUCAGAUGGAAGCAGACGGGUCCACUCCAGUUCACUGGCGUCGUAGGCGGGUCCCAUCUGGUCUCCCUGAAGCAGCUUGAUGAUGGGGAUGUCGGUUACCGCCGGCACUCCAUGGACGAUGAUUCUGCUGCUGCUGCCAUGGCUGCCCUGCUUGAUUUUCUUAACGCGGGUAUAUCUCUGAGUGAGGUUUGGGAGAUCUUUAAAGCCUCCGAUCCGAGAUUCACUGAGUUAGCCGGUCAUUUGGGAGGGGCGAGAGUGCUCAGGCAGGACCCACUCGAGUGCCUAAUCCAGUUUAUCUGCUCUUCUAAUAACAACAUUAAGAGAAUCACAUUAAUGGUUGAUUUCAUUUCUUCAUUGGGGAAUUAUUUAGGGACUGUUGGAGGCCUUAAAUUUUAUGAAUUCCCAUCCUUGGACCGGCUGUCACAGGUUUCUGAAGCUGAGCUCCGGGAGGCUGGUUUUGGUUAUAGGGCAAAAUAUAUAACAGGUACUGUUAGGGAGUUGCAUUCAAAACCAGAGGGAGGUUAUCAGUGGCUUGCAUCACUUAGAGGGAGAGGUCUUAAUGAAGCUGUUGAUGGUCUUUGUACUCUACCUGGUGUCGGUCCCAAGGUGGCAGCUUGCGUUGCUCUAUUCGCAUUGGAUCAACAUCAUGCCAUUCCUGUUGAUACUCAUGUCUGGCAGAUUGCAACUAGGUACCUGAUCCCUGAGCUAGCAGGCGCCAGUUUGACGCCUAAACUGUGCACUCGGGUGGCAGAGGCUUUCGUGGAUAAAUAUGGGAAAUAUGCAGGCUGGGCUCAAACUCUUCUUUUCAUUUCAGAACUUCCAACACAGAAAGCUCUGUUGCCGAUCUCUUUUCAAAACGAAAUGCAUUCUAAUAAACCGAAGAAAAGAAGAAUGGGUGGAAACAAGAAGAUGCCUAUGACUACUAUUACUACUCCUUGCAGCUAGUGUUUGCGCAGUGUAUAUAUGUGCAACUCCUAGUACAUACUCAAUCUUGUUGUUCAUCGUUUUACUCCUAGUACAUACUCAAUCUUCUUGUUCAUUAUUUUUAAUUAGAGAGAGUUGUAAAUUCAAAAAACCACAAAAGUAAUCGGAUAGUUCGUGGUUCAAUCGACAUUUAUUGUGGAACACACUCACACAACCAUUUGGCCAUUUCUAGUUUACAGACUUCGAGUA